AUGGACCUGAAGAUCAACGUCAGCAAGGACACGGCGUUCGGCAGGAGUAGCAGGGCGUGGUGGGGCCUGACGGAAUUUGAACUGCUUUAUUCCGGAAGGGAUUGUAGCCCCUGCAGCCCUGGCACUUACAAGAGCACGAUUGGCAUCCAGGCCUGCAAUUACUGCCCGGAAAACGCUACUUCUCUGCCCGGCGCAACAUCCAGCAGCCAAUGCGUCUGUCCCAUUGGCUACACCGGACCUUCUGGAUCGUCCUGUUCCGUCUGUCCUGCUGGCAAAUACAAGAACGUUCUUGGCGAAUCGCCCUGCCAGUACUGUCCGCUUGGAUCCUGGUCUUUGACGGCAGGCCAGUCGUUCUGUGAUCUGUGUCCGGUUGGAAAGUACCUUGAUUACACGCUUUCUACCAGCACGAUCGGUUGCCAGCCCUGUCCCAACGGCUACUACUCCGUCCAGCCCGGAAGUGCGUCCUGCAUCAGCUAUCUUUCCGACUACCUGAAUUCCAGCACGCUGAAUCCCAGCUGCGGACCGGAGCAAUACGGAACCAGCAAGUUCGGACAGGACACGACCAUCACCUAUUCCCCGCUGGUGGUCAUCCAGGGUUAUACUUCGUCCAUCGUCUUCAACCAGAGCCACUUCUUCAGGGUGGAAGAUUCAACUUCUUCCGUGCUCUACAUCCUUGACAAAGAGCGGCAGGUGGGUUGGGCCGUCAGCAGGGACGUCAACAACAACGUUCUUUCCUACGCCAAUCCGAAGCUGAUCCAGAUCACCAAGGACAGCAACUACGCAUUCGUGUUCGAAAAGGGCUCUUUUGUAUCGAUGACAAGCCUAAAGUCCUACAUCAAGACGAUCGUCAUUGGCACUUCCAGCAGCACUACCAGCACGGACGGGAUUGGAUCCGCGGCUUCAUUCAGCAACGCCUUUGCCGCCGACGUCAGCUACGACAGCGCCUACAUGGUAGUUCUAGAGACGGGCCUGAAUGGAAUCCGCAAGGUGGAUCUUUCCAAUUUCAAAGUUGUAACGUUCACUGUCUCCUUCACCCCUGUCUGCAUUGCUUACGCGCACAAGACGGAAACCGUAUGGGCGAUGUCUUCCAACUCCCUUUUUCUUGUCAACAUUCCAGGAUCGGUUGCGGCGGUGGGGAGCGAAGCGUUCCUUAGCCCCUUCUACCAGAACACGGCAUAUUAUACCUUUUCCAAUGUCUUGGGUCUGAUAGUCAGUCCGACGCAGGAUCAGAUCUUGAUAGCUUCCACUGACGGCAGAUUGCAGCUUGUAGACGCGAAGAGUAAACAGGUAAAAGACUUCAAACGGGUCAAUGGCGUAACUUUCAGCAAGUUCAUCCCUGACAUCAAGAAGCGUUCGAUCAUCCUUGCAAGCGAAAGCCUUCUGGUGCUUUCCUUCUACGAAGUAACGCCCGAUUUCUGCCACGACUGCCCUUUCGGCCAAGUUUCGCAGCCUGGCUCGACUUCGCUGAUCGAUUGCUACAUACCGCAAUGCAGCAUGGAUGUCAGCGUUCCGAUUGACGGCAACUACACUACCACGCAGAUAUUGCAGUAUGAUCCCUACAGCCCACCAGUGAACAUUUCAACUUACGCGUUCGAACGGAAAUGUCGCUGCAUGGCCGGCUACGUGGGUGAUGGGCAGACAGUCUGCAAUCCCUGUCCAGCAGACACUUAUUCCACCGGCGUCGAUCUGACGGCUGGAAACAUAUCGUUCUGCAAGACACUGUUCUGUGUGACAGAGGGCUAUGCUUUCAAGACCAACAUCGUGAUCUAUUACGCUCCAAAGCAGGGCUAUUUCCUUUCCUGCUACUGCCCUUCUGGCUACUACGGCAAUCCAAACGGAAAUGUCCCCUGCACGCGCUGUCCGGCGGGCACGUACUCCUUGAACAGCACAUCGGAUAAUGCCUGCCUUUCCUGCCCUGGAAACAGCACGUCUUCCGUCGGCAGCUCCUACUGCGUCUGCAACAAGAGCUACACGCCCUACGAACUGCCGCCCGCUUCGAAUCCGGAAGGGCUGCCGGUCGUCUACACCGGAUACGUCCGAAGUUCGGCGACGGAUCGAUGCAAGAUCGUUGGAAGCGGGACUGGAAGAUAUUAUUCCUGCGACCUUGCCUGCGUUUACACCCGCGGUUCUUGCAACGGAACGCUGCAGUAUUCACCUUCUUCGCAGUCGCUUGAAUGCGUUUGUGUGGAUGGCUUUCUAGAUGUCAACGGCACCUGCGUCUACCAGCAAAGCCCCUGUCCUUCGACCUACAUCACCACCAUCGUCAAUGAAACGUACGUCAUCUGCUCCUGCCCUGAAAAUACCACCACGCACAGCAGGAAUCAGAGCUGUAUGGUUGGUCUGACGUUCCUUUUCUCUUGUCCGAAGGGCCUGUUAAGUUCCGCCGGCUCUACCAGCGCGCUUCAAUGCACCUGCAUAGAAGGAUACAUCCCAGUCGACGGCAUCUGCACCCCCUGCAAGGAAGGGACUUACCAGCGUGGCAGUUCCUGCCUGCCUUGCCCUUCUGGCCUUACGUCGGCGAACGCUUCUACUUCCUGUUCCUGUCCGCUAGGCAAAGAGCUGAUCGGUUCCAGCUGCGUCGGUUGCUCCGUCGGAUACUACAAGCCUUCGAUCUACCAGCCCUGCACGCUCUGCCCUGCCAACACGCACACUGCGUCGUCGGGCUCUUACAGCUUGGAACAGUGCUUCUGUAACGCGGGCUAUUACGGUUCUGACGGCCAAGCCUGCACCAUCUGUCCAAGGGGGACGUACAAGGACUUUGGGCCCGGGCCUUGCAACGACUGUCCGGCGAAUUCUGACAGCAUCGAAGGCUCUAUAACGAUCUACGAUUGCGCCUGCGCGCAGGGCUUUUCGUCCAACACCGAUGGAAGCUGCUCUAUCUGCAAACCUGGCACUUACUACGACGGGUCGAUAUGCAAAACAUGCCCAACGGGGUCGACCAGCGUCCAGCGCAGCGUUGCCAUCGAUUCCUGCUUCUGCGACAGGGGAUACGGCGGCUCUGGCACUGCCUGCACUGCCUGCGCGAUUGGAAAGUACAAGGACGUGGCAAAGAACGCGCUUUGCACCCAAUGCCCUGACCAUGCUUCGACGAUCAAGCAAGGGUCUGUUGAUGUAUCCGCCUGCUUCUGUCUUGUUGGCUACAGGGGGACGGGAAGCAACCAAUGCGAGCCCUGUCCUGCCGGCGAAUACAAGAACAUAACCGGCUCCUUCCAAUGCACGCAGUGCCCAGCCAAUUCCUUCGCGAAUCAGACCGCUUCUGUCGCCAUAACGGAUUGCAAGUGCGUCGCCGGCUACUACAACGCAGGGGCGGCAGGCAAGGUGGAUUGCAUCCAAUGCCCUGAAAACAAGUAUUGGUCUGCUGGCUCCUGUGUUUCUUGCUUUUCCAACUCUCGCACCGCGCACCUGCAGCGCUUGCCCCUUCAACCAGUUCAAAUCCAUCAUGGCAGCGGCAAUCAGGACUGCACCGCCUGCCCGUACCCUGGCGUCACUUCCGGCACGGGUUCGGUUUCGAUUGGUAGCUGCCUUUGCGGGCCGGGCUUCUUUUCGCUUAACGGAAGCGUCCCCUGCUACCCCUGCCCGCCCGAUCAUUACAGCGAUGUUGCCGGGCUGCUAUCCUGCCUUUCCUGUUCGCCAAACACUGUCAGUAAGGAGGGGAGUAAUUCAUCCACCGACUGCGUUGCUGCGCCUGGCUUCUAUCAGUCCGCUUCACCCGGUGGCAGAAGGUUGCUUUCAACGCUGUCUGUUGGCGGCUACUACAUCGUCCAAUGCCCUGAAAGCACAUACAGUGACGUUGCCGGGCUCUUCAAGUGCAAAAGCUGCCCUUAUCGGAUGGUUUCCGGCAUCGGCUCUUCCAGUGUCGUCAAUUGCUACUGCCCUGCCGGCUAUUACGGCGCGGCUGGUGGCAUCUGUAUCCCCUGCGAUGAUGGAUACUUCAAAAGCACUGCCGGUCCCGACUACUGCACGCGCUGUCCGUUCAACAUGGUGACUAUGGAUAUCGCCAGCACUUCAAUACUGAACUGCACCUGUGCAAAGGGCUAUCAGAUGACGCCGGUAUCCAUCCCUGUAACCAUUGACGGCAUCGCCUUCAGCCAGAUCUGCCAGUAUUGCCCUGUUGGCAAGUUCAAGAGCACCGUCGGAAAUUACGGCUGCGAAUCCUGCCCGGUGCCGUAUUCCACCUACUUUUCCGGCAGCACUUCUUUCAGCGACUGCGCCUGCGGCUCUGGCUACUACGGCGUGGCCAACGGAUCUUGUCUGCCCUGCCCGGACUACCUUCUGACUACCAACAGCACGCUGGACGCCUGCAUCCAAUGCCCGAAUAACAUGGAAGUCGUCUAUACCAGCUUUCUUAACAGGACCUGCCUUUGCCGGAAGGGCUACUAUCCCUAUCAGGACGGCUGCGCUCCCUGCCCUUUCAACACUUACAAGUCCGAAAGGGGCUCUGGAAGCUGCCAGAAAUGCCCCGUCGGAUCUUACAGUGCGAUGGGCUCGACAGAUAUCACCGACUGCCAGUGCGGGACAGGCUCCUACCUUCUACCCAUUGACGGCUACUGCAUGCCGUGCUACAGUGCCUCUCCCUUGCUCUGCCCUGCCGGGCUGCAUUCCUUUGAAGGUGCGACGGAUCUGGAGCUCUGCCUUUGCCCUGUUGGAUACUACAAAGAUGUAUACGGCCAAUGCCGGCAGUGCAGGACGGAGUUGAAGGCCUGUCCGCAAACGAUGACAACAGUUGGCCCUGCAAAAACCAUCAACGAUUGCGUCUGCCAGAUCAACUACUACACGGCGGGGAUUGACGCAAAGACUGGACUGCCGAUAUGCAAGAAGUGCCCUGGAAACAGCGUUUCGAAUGCAAACAGCACGUUCUGUAAGUGCACGGAAGGGAUCUUCAGCCAGACGAUCAACAGCUGCAUUUAUUGCGGCAACGGCUUCCAGUUCGACUGGAACGCUUCUGUCUGCUAUGACAUCAACGAAUGCCUUUCCGGCCAGCGCUGCGGAUUGAACUCCGUCUGCACCAACACGUACGGGAGCUACGAAUGCUCCUGCAACGCAAAUUUCUACCUGAACGCGUCCGGAAUAUGCGAUCGCUGUCCAGCAGGCAUGACUUCCAGCAUCGGAUCGACUUCAAUCAACCAGUGCUUCUGUCCGCCGGGCUACGGACGCUUGAACAGCUACACCUGCUUCCCCUGCCCUGCCAACACCUACCACAGCCUUGCCAGCAACGAUUGCAUCGCCUGCCCUGCCAACAGCUAUUCUUCAACCGGAAGGACGAAUUGCACCUGCGACGUAGGCUAUCUGGGUUUCAACUAUCUGGAACUUUCUUCCGGCAUUGUCACCAUCGACACUGACGUCUGCAGCCUUUCCUUCAUCGUCAAUUCCGAACACGUGCUGCCGGGCCAGAUCCUGAACGAAAGCUGCCAGAUCUACUUCUCCUCCUUGCUACUGGGGAAGAACGUCAUAGUGGCGGUUUCUGGCAGCUAUCCGCUGGUCCUUCACUCCGUCCAAGCCGUAGUCAUCAACGCCACCAUCGACGUCAGCGGCAGGGGCGGGAAGGGCGGCAGCGCGAAUCUAUCAUCCCCGAUUCAAGCAGGGUCCGGUAGGGGAGGUGGGCCGGCCGCUACAGCUUGUUGGUAUGGCGGGGCUGGUGGCAGCUAUGGCGGGAGGGGAGGAGACGGGUCGUUUCCUGCGCUGUCUGCUUACGGGGCGCUGGAUAUCUACAGUGAUUGGUCUGCCAGCAGCGUUCUUGGCAGCGGCGGCGGGGGUGGUGGGACCUGCGAUCUUCCUGCUCCUUCUUCCAACGAUGGUGGCGCGGGCGGUGGUUCUUUGACGAUAUCAUCCUUCGAAAGCAUCCUGAUCGGCGGGUCGCUGCUUGCCAACGGCGGGGAUAGUAGCCUGUACAAUUCUGUCGAUGCGAUCAGGCUGGGAGGGGGAGGGAGCGGCGGAAGCGUGCUGCUUUCAGCGCCGUACGUGACGGUGACGGGCCUGAUACAGUGCAAUGGCGGGAAUGCGGAUAAGUCGAUCAGGACUGGCGGCGGCGGCGCUGGAGGGAGGAUUGCGAUUCUUGGCAAUCAGAAGUCGCUUACUGACGCUUUGCUGCAAGUAAUGGGAGGGAGGGGGUUUGUUGCGCUGCAGGCCGAAUACGGAAGCGUCUAUGUUGGUGACUUUGUAAUACUGCCCUUUAUUCAGAACCUUACAUGCUCUGUCUGUCCGCCGAACUCUUACCUUAACAGCUUGAAGUUUUGCUCUCCCUGCCCCAGCGGCUCUGUUUCCAGCAGCGGAAGCAACGCUUCGACAGACUGCCAGUGUGACAAGGGAUUCGGCUGGAGCGCAGCUUCCGGAUGCUCUGCCUGCCCGAUUGGCAAGUACAAAGAUUUUGUCGGCAACGGAAACUGCACGCCUUGCGCUGCCAACGCGAUAACUUUCAUGCAAGGUAGCGAAGCGAAGACUGACUGUCUCUGCAGCGUCGGAUAUGAAGGAACGGGCUAUGUUUCAUGCAGUCAAUGCCAGCUCGGUUCUUACAAUCCUUCUGCUGGUCUUACCUUCUGCGCUUCGUGCCCUGCUUCGAAGACUACAGCGAUCUACAGCUCCAAGUCAGCUUCAGAAUGCGUCUGUCUGGCGGGAUACUUCUUGCUGGUCGACGGCAGCUGCCAGCCCUGCUUACCAGGAACGUUCAAGCCAGCGAUUGGCAACAGCGAAUGCACUGUCUGCGGUGCCGGUAAGUUCGCCAUCGGGGAUGGAAGCACUGAUGCUUCGCUGUGUAUCUGCAAGCAGGGCUAUUUCGGCGCUGACUGCCUGCCUUGUGCCGCUGGAUCUUACAAGAACAGUGCUGGCAGUGGAAACUGUACGCUCUGCCCAGCCGGAACCUACCAAUCGGAGACUGCUGCUAUCAGCUCUUCACGCUGCCUUCCCUGCCCGCUUGGCACUUUUUCGAAGGUUGUCGGCGCUUCUUCUUCCAGCGUCUGCGAAAGUUGUGCUGUAGGGACUUAUUCCGAUGUAACGCAAUCCACUGUAUGCCAGCUCUGUCCUUCCAAUUCCACAUCUAGUCGCGGCUCUUCCAGCUUCGGCUCCUGUCUCUGCCUUCCCGGCUACAGGCACAGCGAAACAACGAUCACGCAAGCACCAAACAGCAACGUUUACUGCGCCCCCUGCGAGCCUGGGACGAACAAAAUCAACCUUGGCGAUUACGCCUGCGCUCCCUGUCCUGAAAACUACUAUUCGGAAGCCUAUGCUUCCGCGAUAGGCGCUACCAGCGUCAUUCAAUGCAGCAGCUGCCCGCUGCAUUCCACUUCCAUACCCGGAGCUUUUAAGUUGGAAGACUGCAAGUGUGAUUCCGGCUUCCAGAAGAUAGGCGUUGAUUGCGUAAGCUGCGGACUUGGACGAUACGGAAACGGGACGGAAGCCUGCAAGGAUUGUCCUGCUGACACCUACUCCAUUACCACGCUAUCUGCCAGCGUUGCCAGCUGUUUACCCUGCCCUUCCAAUUCGAUAGCGCCGAGCUCUUCGGUGAACGUUCUGGCCUGCAGAUGCAAGGAAGGAUACACUGCUAACAGCGACGGAGUUGCCUGCGCGGCCUGCCAAUCCGGAUACUACAAGAACUACCAAGGGAAAGGGCCCUGCGUUGCCUGCGCCGUCGGAUUCUACAUGGAAAAGACAGCUUCCGUCACGAUCGAUGAUUGCCUGCCAUGUCCGGCGCUAACGACAACACUGGCGAACGGAUCCAGUCUGAUUUCCAGCUGCCUUUGCCAGGUUGGUUACGAGCCUUUGAUUGCCGGCGGAUCCAAAACCUGCAUUCCCUGCUCUAAAGGCUACUACAAGGAUCAAAUAUCCGACAACGCCUGUACGCCCUGUCCUUCCGACACGUUUUCCGCACAGAUCGGCGCUGUAGCGGCUACCACUUGCAAGCCCUGCUUUACCUACGCCAAGAGCGCUACCGGGAGCUACGAAUGCAGCUGCGUUCCUGGCUACUACCGCAGCUAUUCCGACGUGCUUGGAUACUGCCUGCCCUGUCCUUCCGGCACCUACUACGAUAUUGCGUUGAAGUCGUGCCAGAAUUGCCCUGCCAGCACGUACAAUCCUGACAUAGCCGUGAUUGGCGCCUGCCUGCCCUGCCCUAACCAUUCGCAUAGCAACACCAACGGUUCUACGCAGAUAUCGUCCUGCUCCUGCGAUCCCGGCUACUACAACCAGUCACUAGGCGUCUGCGUUGCCUGCGUUCCUGGCAAGUUCAAGACUGCAGAUUCGCCGCAGGGCAAGCCGUGCGAAGUUUGCAGCAUGGAUACUUACCAGCCCGAUUACGCUGCUUCAACCCCUUGCAUCCCUUGCACUCCACACUCUUCCACUAAGACGACGAAUCGUACGAUAGAAGCAACCGACUGCACCUGCAAUCCGGGCUACUACGGCAAUGGCGCUGAUGGCUGCAACCAGUGUGCCAAUGCGACCUACUGCCCCGGUGGCGACUUCUUUCUGCGCUGCCCGCAGUUUUCCAGCUCUCCACGCGGAUCGAUCCUUCUGUCGCAGUGCCUUUGCCUCCCGGGCUACUUUCAAGUCGGAAUCGCCUGCGUCCUCUGCCCGCCAAACUUCUACUGUCCGAACGGCACCAGCGUCAAUCCCUGCCCGCACAACUCCUACAGUCUUGCCGGCUCUAUCUCUUCGGAUAAUUGCACUUGCAGAUACGGCUGGCUGGCAGAGCUGGACUUCUGCCCGCUGGGCCAAUACGGCAGCAACUUCUACAACUGCACCAACUGCUCCGCUGGCACUUACAAGUCAGUCAGGAGCUUCGAACCCUGCGUUAAUUGCCCAGUGACAAUGACGACGCAGUUUACUGGCAGCGUAUCGAUCAGAUCGUGCAGAGUGCACAGACACGGUUGUUAG